AUGGCCGUUGAUAUGUCUGGAGUUUCAACACCGCUAUCGUCCACCGCUACAUUGUCGGGCACGUCCUCUCCGAAACUGACGACUUUGGAGAAAAACAUUGCCAACGGCCCUGCAAUCCCGGCUUCUACUGCGAUUGAAUACAUUGCUUCGCGUUCGAGCUUGAGCUCGUCCGUCUUUGUCUAUGAUCUCGCAGAACAGGCGGGCUUCGGCACUCUCACCAAAUCAUGGGCGGAAUCGAGCAGCGACGUAGCCUCCGUUGUGAGUCUGCAGACUAGAGCUGGUGCCGGCUUGAGCUUGGUCGGAAGGCUUUCCCAAGGAUCGAGCAAGGAUACCAAAGGUGCAGUCCUCACGGCAUUUACGACUCCCACUGGCUUGGCUGCCAUGGUGCAGUCACUAUCCUACCUACCGCCUGCUACUGCGAGCAGCAGGCUAAUUAUACAGGUGCCUACCGUCACUCCCGUCGGCGAAAACUUCUCGUUGUCGCCCACCCUUGCACCUCUUGCCCCCGUCUUCUCCAUGUUACCCGACAGCUUCACCGUUCUCCUGUCCGCGGCACCCCAGGAGGCUGUAGAUCUUACCGCGCUCUCUUACAAAUUGACCGACACUCAUGUCAUCCAUCUCUUCGACCACUACAGCUCUGCCAGGGAGACCGGUCAUAGCAUCAUUCCGGCAGUCCCUUCGCAGGAAGCCGGACUGACGGUCAAGGAGGGACUGACCAAGGCUGGAUAUGGUGCUUUCGACUAUGCCGGGGACAAGGAAGCGCACACGGUAAUUGUGCUGCUGAAUGGACCGCUGGCGUUGGUCGCGAAGGCGAUUGCGUCGCAUGUCUCAGGUCUGGGAGUCGUCGUAGUCCGUCUGCUUAGGCCUUGGGACGAGGAUGCAUUGAGGCAGAUCAUCCCAGCUUCCACCAGGCAUAUUCAUGUGCUCGAUGAUGUUCCGACCGAGACGACCCAAGGAGCAUUGUACAUGGAUGUGUUCGCCUCCGUGCUAGAUCCUAUGAACUCCGGUCCUGUGGUCAAGUCUCAUCGCAUCGUCUCGUCGCACACGCAGGAGUUCCUUACCAGACCGGCCAUUUUCGUCUCUUUCCUCUGUGAGCUCGUUCCCACUGCCGUUCCAGCAUCAAUAGAUGCUCCCAACUUGAAGAAGUUAUUGUUCUUCAGCGUCCCAGAUUCCCCACUAUCUGUCCUCCCGCGCAUGGUAGAACAGACUUUCCUGACGCAUCCUUCCAUCUCAGCACGUCUUGUCACCGAUCAUGACGUGUUCGCCAAGGUCACGGUUGACCGUCUUCUACUCUCCCCGAAGGACGAUAAGUCGCCGUUCGUCCCACUUUCCGUUACGCUGCCCAUUACGCCUGGGAGCCCAGGAGAAGCGGAUUUCGUGGCUGUAUCGGACCAGGCACUGUUGAAGUCUCACUCGAUCAUCACUCACGCCAAAGCAGGAUCUGUUCUACUUAUCGUUACGUCUUGGACUGCAGACGAACUCGUCUCGAACGUCUCGCUAGAAGUUGCAGCGCUGGUCCAUGAGAAGAACUUGCGCCUCUACAUCAUCACUGCGAAGGAACUAGCCGCUGACCUGAGUGACGUCGUAGGCACGGCUCGGAAGACGUUGGAGGACGUUAUUGUGUAUCUGGCGUUCUUGCGGUUGUAUCUCGCCCAGGUUGCAACCGAGGAGCUUGUCAUCAAGCUUGCACAGAGCACGUUGGGACCGAUUGUUCAGGGAGUUAACCUCUUGAAGGUCGGGUCCAGGACCUGGAGUGCGUUGGUGCAGGUCGACACCCCUGCGCCGGCGAAGGAUGUGGAAGGUGCUGAAGCCGAGACAGCCAAAUCCGUCGCUCUCAAAGACUUCGUGUUCAAUACCAUCGCGGUAGAGAUUUUCGAUGGAGACACCGUCGCGAGCGGUGCACGUCUAGGUUCGUGGCACGAUGCGGCUAAACAUAUCAUCUUCCCUACUGCGUUCACGCCUGAGGGCUUAAUACCCGGAAGCGAGCUCUCACAGGAUCCGUCUCUACGUCCCGACCUCGCUGAACGAACUUACCUCAUCACUUGCACGGUUAACCGUCGACUCACGCCCGAGGACUACGACCGCAAUGUCUUCCACCUCGAGUUCGACACAAGCGGGACUGGGCUAAAGUAUGAGAUUGGCGAGGCAUUGGGUGUGCACGGGUGGAACGACACCCAGGAAGUGCUCGACUUUUGCGCUUGGUACGGCAUCAAUCCUGACCGCCUCAUCACCAUCCCUGUUCUCGGCAGCGACGGCAUCAAAUUGCACACACGUACGGUUUUCCAGGCGCUGCAGCAGCAGAUCGACUUGUUCGGCAAGCCGGGCAAGUCUUUUUAUACCGACCUGUCAGAGUACGCGAGUACUAAGGCGGACAAGUACGCGCUGCAGUUCAUCGGCUCGCCGGAAGGCGCUGCUACGUUCAAGAAGCUGUCUGAGAAGGACACGGUGACGUUCGCGGAUAUUUUGAUGCGGUAUAGCAGCGCGAAGCCGGGCAUCGAGGCGCUCUGCGAGCUCAUUGGAGACAUCAAGCCUCGGCACUACAGUAUUGCAAGUGCCCAGGCCGUGGUGGGCGAUAGGGUUGACCUCCUCGUUGUCAGUGUGGAGUGGGUGACACCGAGUGGUUGUUCUCGGUAUGGCCAGUGCACAAGAUAUCUCGCAGGUCUGAAAGUUGGCCAGAAAGUGACCGUCUCAAUCAAACCUAGCGUGAUGAAGCUUCCUUCUGACAACAUGCAGCCCAUAAUCAUGGCCGGUCUGGGCACAGGCGCAGCGCCCUUCCGGGCCUUCCUCCAGCACCGUGCCUGGCUUGCCGCACAGAACAUCCCGGUGGGACCGACGUACUACUACUUCGGAUCGCGCCACCAGUCGCAAGAGUACCUGUAUGGCGAGGAGAUUGAGGCGUACCUUCAAGAAGGGACGAUCACGCGCGCGGGGCUUGCGUUCUCGCGCGACGGUCCACGCAAGGUAUACAUCCAGCACAAGAUGCGUGUAGACUCUGAGGAGCUUGCGCGCAUGUUGUGGGACGACCGCGGUGUGUUCUACCUGUGUGGUCCUACCUGGCCUGUGCCGGACGUGUAUGAGGCGCUUGUGGAGGCGCUCGUGAAGCACACGGGCGAGGAGCAGGAGGCCGCUGGUGCUUUCUUAGAGGGCCUGAAGGAAGAGGAGCGCUAUGUGCUUGAGGUGUAUUAG